AUGCUGCGCCGGCCGGCGCGCGUCGCCGUCGUCGCGCUGGCGUCGCGGUCCGCGGGUUUCGCGGCGCCGCGGCGCCGGCGCUUCGGCGGCGCGCUGUCCCGCUGGGUCGGCGCGGCGGCCGGCGGCGAGCGCGACCCCGGCGAGGUCGGCGGCCUGCGCAUUGUCGCGUACCCGCACCCGGCGCUCCGCGCGCGCAACGGCGACCUCGCACCCGGCGACCUCGCGGCCGCGGCGCCGCUCGCGGCGCGCAUGUUCGACCUCAUGUACGCCGCGGGCGGCGUCGGCCUCGCGGCGCCGCAGGUCGGCGUCAACGCGCGGCUCAUGGUCUUCAACCCGUCGGGCGACGCGGCGCGCACGGGCGACGAGGUCGCGCUCGCGAACCCGCGCAUCGUCGCGGCGUCCGCGGAGCUCGAGGUCGGCGACGAGGGCUGCCUGUCGUUCCCCGGCAUGGGCGGCCCCGUCGCGCGCCACGCGUGGGUCGAGGUCGCGGGCCUCGACCUCGAGGGCCGCGCGAUCUCGCGCGCGUACGCCGGCUGGGACGCGCGCGUCUUCCAGCACGAGUACGACCACCUCGACGGCGUCGUCUACGUCGACCGCCUCGCCGCCGCGGACCGCGCGGCGCUCGCGCCCGCGCUCCGCGAGCUCGCGGCCGCGUACGGCCCGGGCGCGCGGGAUUGA